UGAGUGGCGUGACGCUGACGGAGUCCGUGACGGUUGGCGGUGGGCGGGCGACGGCGUGCUUCGACUCGGUGGUGUUCAGCGGGCCGAUCACUGUGGCGGUGGACCUGCGCUUGAUGGAAGCGUUCGCUGACGUGCUGAACGUGACGCUGCGCCACUGCGUGCUUGCGGCCGGCGCGCAGCUGCGGAUUGGUGGCCUCAGCGAGAGCACGGCGCGCCUGAUGCCCCGCGCUCUCGUCAACAUGACGAACGUGACGUCGCUGGAGGGAACGGUCGUGCUGCAUGGCGCGAUGCCGCCGCACUCGAGUGUUCUGCUGGCGAACUCAACGCUGCGUGCGACAGUUGGCGGGUCGCAGUACGUGCCGACGACACCUGGCCAUGCGGGAUUGAGGUGUGGCCCCACGCUUGUCCUGGACGGCGUCCGGCUACUGUCGACGCGGUUUGUCAUGACGCGGUCGAGUCUGGUGUGUGGCGGUGCCUCGUGCGCUACGAUCCUCGUGGAGCGCGGCCUCGGCGUGAACCUGUCCAGCGUCUUCUACAUGGACAACUGCGCUGUUAUUUCGGAGACGUACGUGAUGCACGGUCUUGCGUCAGACCUGCGUGUCAGCGGCGGCUCCGUGUUCUCCAUACAGAACAGCUCAUGGAGCGCGCUGAGCAUCGAAUACUACAAAGGUGCGUGUGUGUUUGAGGACGUUGCGGUGGAUGGCGGCAGCGUGCUGCAGGUUGUGUCCGGCACGUUCCGUCUCGGCUUUGCCAUGCUCAUCACAAACGUGCUGACCGUGACUGGUGGCAGUUGGCUCGUGCACCGCGGCAACGAGUUCCGCACCGCCUACGUCGUGUACGUGGCCGACGAGAAUGGCGUUGCGUUUUGCGAUCGGAGUGUGUGGUCAAUACUUCAGAACGACUUUAAGCAUGGCUCGUACUCGUCAUCCAUUGUACUUAUGACAAGCAAGUGGUUACCACCAUCCGACUCGCGCCUGACCAUCUACGGUGUGUGCAACGAGGCAAAAGGCUCUCAUGUGACAGAUUACGGAGAAGACCUCAAUAUUGGGACGCCCGUGACGGUGUUGGACUGUGGCGUGUGCACUGUGGACGCCGAGUGCUUUGCAGCGAGGACGAGCGGCAUCAGCGGCUGUGAGUGCGUGUGCGCUGCUGGCGGCUACGGUGGCACGUGUCUGCCAGCUGCGGUUCCGGACGGCCUUGGACCGUUCCCGCUCUCAGAUGCGAAGGACACGGAGGUCCGCUGCGUGCACGGUGGCAGCAUCAGCUCCGUGGAAUAUCCUGAUCCCGGUGUGCGUGGUCUGUGCUUUGUCAACGUGACUUUCACCGCCGCGAUCGUGCUGGACCUCUCGCGUUUCGACGCACCGGAGCAGACACUCAACAUCACGCUGCUGCAGUGCGUCCUCGUGGGCCUGUCGGUCAGGGGGAGUGGUGGGCGUGUGCACGUGAGCGUGACAUCUUCGAUGCUGGAUUCUGGUGAGUUGGAGUUCAGGGGUUAUUUUGGCACUGGAUCCCAGAUAAUGGUGGCGGGCAGUGCGAUUGUGUCGACGUUGAGCUACGCUAUUGCCUUCUCGGAUUUUUUUCUCGGUGCGACCUCGACGCUGUUGCUAAUUGAAAACCGCAUCGAGGGGAAUAAUAACGCAGUCUAUAUAUCCGACACUGUUGUUGAUGGUGGCGGAAUCAUUGUGAAGGGAAACACGCUGUUAUCAACGGCGGAUGAGGACGAAGUGCAGACGGCCGCUUUUGUUGGAAAUAUUGAUGUGAAGAAGGGCGGCUACAUUGACGUUGAGAACAACACGAUGAGCGCGGCUAAUGGCAUUUAUUUUUUUGGGGAUACAAACGUGGGCUCCGCGGGGCUGCUGAGAGUGGCGGACUGCACUCUUUUUGGCAGAGCGGGGUCUUUUUUCCCCGCGCUGUUGUAUUUGGAAGGCUCUGUGACACUUCAGGGUGGUGCGCAGUGGCGUGUGGAGGGCAACAGCGUGAGCGCAGCCUCCCUAAUAACUAUGGAAGAUACCCUGCACGAAAUUCUUUUGUCGGGCAGCGGCACUACUGUGGCGCUCGCACACAACCGUCAGGUGGACGGGAGCAUUGUCUUUUGCAACCUUUUUGCAUCGAGCAUUGUCGUGAAGCCGCCUGCGCGGUUGGUCGUUGGGUGCAACCCGCAGGGCGAUGAGGAGGUGUUGUACGACGAUGUGUUUCCGGAGGAAGUGGUGCUGUUCAGGUGUGGCACAUGCAACGACGACGCGGCGUGCUACAUGCCCGGCACGGAGUCGGUGGACCGCGGCUCGUGCUCGUGCAGCUGCAAGGACGGAUGGCAUGGCGCGUCGUGUCUUCCCUUCGAGGUGCCCGACACGGUUGUGCCGCCCUUGCCGGAGAGAGCCGUCGACGGCGACACGAGCUGCGUAGUGAGCCAGACGCUGACGAGCCUUACGCUGAACAUGUGGAAGACGCACCACUGCUACGUGGGCGUGACAUUCAGCGGCGUGGGUGCUGUGCUGACGUUUUUUUUUGACAGUAUGCCGCUGCAUCUCCCCAUUAACAUCACGAUCACUGGGUGCACAUUUCUUGAGGGUGCCGCGCUGCAGUUUGUUGGGGGUGCUGAGGCGGCCGAGUCAGCCGGCGUCCUGAUCCGUGUGAGCCUGACGGUGAUGCGGUCCUCCGUUGUUGCUUUUGCACUUGCCUUCCCGCAGCUCUGCGACAUCGCCGUCACGGAGGUUGACGUGGUGCAGUCUUCCGCGGUCCAUUUGCCGGACACCGUGAACAACAUGUGUAGCGUAUUGUUGCUGCACGACGUUGUGUUGACUGCUUCUUCGCUGUUGGUCAGCAACGUCAGGGCGCAUGCCUUGAGGUACGGUGGUUUUGGUUUGUACUCGUUCGGUACGCUGACGCUGGUGGGUGGCAGCUCGCUUUACGCGCGGUACUGCAG